UGAAAGUUGGAAGUUGGAAGAGAAGCUGUGGAAGUGCAGGGCAAUGGAGAGUUACUCGUGUUCCAAGCUUCUCAUUCCAACCGAUGACACUGCGAAAGAACAACAACCCAUUUUCGUGAAGGCCACUUGGUUUCCCACACACUUCCACAUCGUCAUCACCGACGGCCUCACCGCCUGGCUCUGCCACCCAUCGGAGGAGGAGGUGAAGCAGCGUGCUUCUCAGUGGGACCUCCCUGUUUCAGACUACUUGCAAUUGUCUGAACGCUAUUUGGCCCUUCAACAACCUCGUUCUAUCUACGCCUUCGAUGAUACUUAUGAUGGCCAUAAGAGGUUGUCGUGGACCUUUGAAAAGGAAGGCAUGACUCUGCUUUGGAGAUGGAAAUGCACGGAGUCCCCUGAUUCUAAGAAAAGUAAUGUGGAAAUAUUCGACUUUCUCAUGAGCUCAAACAUAAAUCUAAGUGACAAAGUUGUCGGAGAUAAUGAAUUAUUUGAGAAGAUGAAAGUGGAAGCUGAGAAGUGCUUAACUCAGAGUGAGAGAAUUGCCAAUGAGAGGCUGGAAUUUGAAUCUGAAAUCUAUACAAAGUUUCUGGGGGUCUUAAAUUCAAAGAAAUCAAAAUUGAGAGAGCUUCGAGAUAAGCUGUCAAAACAAGAGAAUACUGAAAAACCUCCUCAAGAGGAAGACACAGAAAACACCGAUAGUUUUGAUGAAGAAAGUGAUUAUGACAAAAGUGAUGAAGAUCCUCAAAAGGAUAUUACUAGCUCUUCAAGGGAUGUUUUGACCAAUAACUCCUCGUCCAAAAAGAACUAGACGCUCAUGACAUUAUUUGCAGCAUUCAAGAGUUGAUUUCCAUCUUGGAUUUGACAUCUUUACAGAAAUUUGUUAUAACUUAGAUAAACAAGUACCCCUUGUUAUCCAACAUCCCUGCAUCAAUUCAUAUGAACUGUGUAAACCUUUGUCUUAUGUACAGGUUUGUGUAAUUCUCAGGUUCUACGUAUAGUUUCUCACAUUUACACAGGCUACUCAACUGUAUGUGAAAA